AUGAUGAAACGAAAGUCUACAGCAAAUUCUACUACAACCAGUAAUAGUAGCAGUAUACCCAAUAAACGACCAGCGACUGAGAUUACACCCAGAUCUACUCCUAAUCCAGAAUGGACCAAAACAUUCACUGCUGGUCGAGAAGCAUUCAAAAAUAAGCAAUACAAAGAAGCGUGCGAUUCUUUUACUCGUGCCCUUGAUUUCGAUUGCAACAGAUUAGAGGUGCUUGAUUGCCGUGGAGUAACCUAUACACUUUUGAAUGAUCAGGAUCUGGCAGCAACAGACUUUAUGGCAAUGAUUAAAAUUUCGCCUAAUAGAUCUAGAGGAUACUUACGUCUUGGCAAGCAGCUCGUAGAGAGGAAUAUGCUUGACCAGGCUGUAAAGGUGUACGAGCGCGCCAGUGCCAAGGUUGAUCAAUCGGAUACACACUACGAAACUUUAAUGAAAGCACUUUUAAAGACACGAAUUGUGCGCGAUGAUAAGAAAAAUGCGCGUGAUUUUAUGAAAAUAUUACCCUUUGAAAUUGUUUGUCAAAUACUUUCCUAUCUUCCAUUCACUCAAAAAGUUCGUUGUAUGCGUGUCUGUAAGACAUGGCAUGGAUUUGGUUUAAAUUGGUCCGGCAUGUGGAGUGAUUUGGAUUUUGGUCGUCGACUGGUUCCCAGUGCCACGUUGGUAAAGUACUUUUCAUACGCCACCGGAAGACAUAUAAGAAAGCUAUCGAUUAAAGACAAACAAAGCAAGAUUGAAAAGGUUUUUAAGCUGCUUAUUCACUAUGAUGCUCAUUACAUAGAGUCACUUUCACUUUCCGGGAGUGAGAUUCCUGGUAUUCAUCUUUUACGGAUGCUACGGCUCGUAGGGAAGAAUCUUACUCACUUGCGGUUAGACUCGUGUCAGAUGCACAUUGAGGAUCUAUUCAAUAAUACGCUCAGUAAUUGCCGUCACCUCACACAUCUAUCUUAUUUUGGAUACGAUGAAAAUGUCUCUGGAGAAAUGCCAAUAUUUGACAUACCAUCUUCUCUGUCGCCUUUGAAGCACCUACAACUUGCAUGCACUAAACCCGGAGACAACACGGGCGCACAUAUACAUUCUAUAUUGAGGAUGUUCAGCGACCUUGAAGUGUUUAUUCUUUACGGAAGUGAAGAUAAUAUCAACAGGACUCUUCAUACAGUGCAGACGACAUGUCCACAUUUGAGUGUGUUUCAAUUCAAACGUCGAUGGGAUAGACGGUUGCUUGCUUGGAGGGCGAUAGACAUGAACAUGGCCACGGGAAAGGCCACAGGAAAAAAGACAGGAGGAAUGAAAGAAAUAUCGCUCAUUGGAGCACAUGAGUUACGAGACAGUGGGAUCAUACCACUUAUUCAAAUACACACGGACACACUCGAGACUUUGGAAAUUGCAGGGUGUGGUAAUAAUACAAACCAAGUGUUUUCAAUGCUCAUUUCUCCUGGUCUUCCACAACUCCGCAAACUCAACCUGAACAGCUGUCUUGCACUCGGUGAAUCUGAUUUGAGGGACUUGAUACAAAAGUGUGUUCUAUUGGAGGACUUAGAACUGGCGAUGGUGUCUGCAGUGACUGAUUCGGUACUUGAGUGUGUGGCAGUACACCCUGUUAUCAACAAGAUUGACAUCUCCAGCUGUGUGAAUGUGACAGGGUCGGGUGUACGGCAGAUUGUGGACAUUAAAGGGGGGGAUGUGUUGAAGAAAUUAAGAGUAGUGGAUUGUAGGGGUGUUAGUUGGGAUGAAAUUGAAUAUGCUUCAACUGUAGUGAAACCAAAUGUGCUUGAAUACAGGCAAAUAAUCUCAAAAUAA